CAAGCGCCCAGUCGCUGUGCCCGGGACUCCUCCAGGAUCAAGCUGUCUGUCUUCUCUCCGACGUUCAGGUGAUCCUUCGACGCGACGCCGCUGCCAUGACCAUAAGACGCCCCUCUCACGACGCGGCCGCCGUCAAGAGCGAGCCCCUCAAGCUGCCCGCGAACAGGAGGACACGGGUCCCGGCGCGCUUCCUCAUAGCGCUCAUGGCCUUCUCUGGCAUCACCCUCAACUACAUCCUGCGAGUGAACAUCAACUUCGCCGUGGUGGCCAUGGUCAAGCACAGCCCCGCCAAUGCCUCAGCAGCGGCGGUGAAUCACACAGCGUCGGAUAGCGGUGAGGACUUGCUCUUCCUCAACGGAUCCGCGCGGAUGGGCCUCUACAACGCGACGGAGGCGGACGGGGGGCUGGCCGUGUUGGUAGCGCAGAAGGAGCAGGAGAAGGACGCGACUUCGGCGGAGCUCGACAAGUGCCCCGCGCCGAAGGAACACACGGAGUCGCAUGCUACAUAUCACGGUGACCUCCCGUGGAGCGAGUGGACGCAAGGGCUGGUGGUGGGCGCCUUCUACUACGGCAACGUGUGCACGCAGGUGGGCGGCGGGCGGCUCGCGGAGGUGUGGGGGUCGCGGCGUGUGAUGGGCGUCGCCAUGCUCGCGUCCGCCCUCCUCACGCUGCUGCAGCCCGUCGCCGCCCGCGCCAGCUACGUCUUUCUCAUCUUCGUCAGGAUCUUCAUCGGCCUCUUCCUGGGCGUGACGACCCCCGCUACCCAGGCGCUCCUAGCGGGCUGGGCGCCCCCCAUGGAGAGGUCGACCAUUUCUUCUUUUGUGUAUGCAGGAGCACCAGCGGGAACUAUCGUGGCCUUCCCCGUGUCUGCCUUCAUUAUCGAGACGAUGGGCUGGGAAGCGGUGUUCUACCUGCAGGGAACUCUCGCCCUUCUGUGGUGCAUCGGCUGGUACUACGUCGUUACCGACUCGCCGAAGGACUUCCACUGGAUCUCCGACGACGAGAAGCAGUACAUCACCUCCUCCAUCGGCAUCAGCAAGGAUAAGAAGACUCCGCCCACCCCAAUAAAGCAGAUGGUGACGUCACUUCCGGUGUGGUCCGUGAUCAUCUCCGCCGUGGGAAAUAAUUGGGGAUUCUACACUUUGCUGACUAUCGUGCCACAGUACAUGAAGACCAUCAUGCACAAAGACAUUAAGACGAACGCGAUGCUGUCAGGCCUGCCAUAUGUGGGCAUGUGGGCGUGGUCUCUGGUCGCAGGCGUGGCUGGUGAUUGGCUAAUGAGAAGAAGGAACGUCCGUACUGUUGUUGUCAGGAAGACUGCCAACACCAUAGCCAACGUGGGCCCGGCGCUGUGCCUGAUGGGCCUCCUCUUCGUCAAGUGCGACUGGUGGGCCACGGUGGCGCUCAUGUCCCUCGCCGUCACGGCCGUCGGGGCCAUCUACUCAGGCCACUACGUCAACCCCAUCGACCUGGCGCCCAACUUCGCCGGCACCAUGAGUGGCAUCGUCAACACGGUUGGAAAUGUGCCCGGGUUCCUGGCGCCCUUGGCGGCUGGGUACAUCACCGAUAAGCAGUCGACGCUGACGCAGUAUAGGAAGGUAUUCAUCAUCGCCGCCGUCGUGUACAUCGUGGACGCGAUCGUCUACCUGCUGUUCGCCUCGGGAGAAGAGCAGAGCUGGAACUCCAUGCCCGAAGACGCCGACCCAGAGAGCGGAGCCGCCCCUGAAGCCACGCAGCAGAAGGGUGGUUCCGGAGACUCCUUCAAGGAGAGCGGGGUACUCAAAGGUGUCUUCGUCCAGAGUGACCAGAGGGAAGAUGUUGUAUCCCAGCAGAAGGAGAGGCACGAAGGGAAGGGGGCGCCGCGAGGCAGUAGGAAGGCCGUCCUGCAGAGCACACCCUCAGGGGACGACGCAGGACACACCAACAAGGCCUACUGCUCCACCGAGGGAGAAUAGACAAGGGUAAAUUCCUUCAGGUACUUGGGCCUAUAUUAGUUUCUGUGUUUGGCCCAAGGUGGGGCAGACACGGUCUUUUGCUUACCUGUUAACUCUGUAUCUGCCUUUUUAUAGUGUAGUGUCAGUGUAUGCUAUGAGUAGCUUUCUUUCCUUUCCUGAGAUAUAACUUUGCCAGAAGAUAUUUAUUUAAACAUAUUUCAAAAAACUUUUUUGAUAACAUCCGUCAAGUCAAAUGUUGGCGGAAUGAAAUAAUCAAAUAUCAACGCAAAUGAACAAAAGGAGAUUAAUUCCAGAGGCUGAAUAUUUGAUAACAUAGCAACUGGCAACAAAAUUUUCAAAGCACUGCUUAUUGUCACAAAUUAUCCUUAAUCCCUCUAGGAAUAAACCAUAUUCAAGCGUCCAUUUAAUCUUUUGGGUAUAAUACACUGACAGAGAGUUAAUCCUACAAAACCUACCAAUGUAAAUAACUUAUAUAAAGUGGAAAGAGGUGGUCCUGUUGUCCUUCAACUGCCAAUCGGUAACACUUGUGAAUGCAUAGAAUCGCCAUUGCUUCGUCUUCUGACUAAAUACACAAGGAAUUUCAUUUAGUCAGCAUACGCGAGGCUUCAGUGUAAUCAUCUUUAUUCAGGUCACGGGAUAUCUGCAGUAUAUCUACAUCUUUUAUUUUAAUCCCUUUACCGGUAAAUGAGAGAGAAGUGUUUACCAAAAGGUAGAAGUUCUUCCUCCGGGAAUGAAAGGUGAAAAGUAAAAGAUUCCUUACAUAUGCCCUCAAUUAGUUUUAAGUAAAGAUAUCUUCAGUAGUUCCUUGCCUAAGUUUUAUAAGUUUACUCAAGUCCUCCAUUGAGUCCUCUCUUUUCUUGCUUUCUACUCAAAUGCUGGUGAUGCUCUCUGUAUACCUAAUGAACUUAAUUAUUUAAUAUCUAUAUAUAAAUUAAUGUAUGAACAAACAGAAAGAAAUACCCACAUUCACACAUUUAGACAUAAGCACAAACAUAGAUGUGUAUUCUUAAUUAUUCCUAUGUGAAUAAAUGUAUUUAGUACCUGCACAUGCAACACAUGAAACCUGAGAAGUUUCAAAUAUUCCAGUACUCAUACUUAGUUCACUUUCUGUGAGAGUGAAGUCAUAAUGGUGCCAGGCAGGCUGAACGUCCGAUAAACUAUUCACACCGUUUGUGGCGUUCAAACUCUUUUUGUGUGUGGAAAAUCAAAAGAAUCAUUUCACCAGCUUGAUUGUAUUUCUCUUUUUAAGAUAAUUACGUGCACAGGGAUGUAGAAGUAACUAAAUUUCCAAAGCAAAUUUGCUCAUUGACAAACUCAUACAACUUACAGAAUUCAAAUUCAAAUUCAAAACAUUUUAUUCCAUUAAUUACAGAGGUUAAUCUAUUUUUAAAUAUUGGGUUUGGAUUAUGUAAUAAAAUAUCAUAUACAUAAAUAUUGUAAAAUAUUUGUGUAGCAAAAUGAGCCAGAACAUUAAUAUGAUAUGUGACAGAAAUAUCGUGCUUGGCUCGAUGUUUAAGCGCCUGAAGUCAUUAAUAUUUCAGUAGAUUUUUUUUUUUUUUUUCACUUUCGUUCUAUAUGUCUUUGGGUUGGAGAUAUUUCUAAUAUUUUCUGUGA